CCAGCCUCUAUUACGUAGGUAGUCUACGUCUGGGACGUAUCACAAAACGACUAGCUAGCUUCGGCAAACAUCGUCAUCGGUCGUUAACUGAGACUCGGUCAAGGAUGGAGGAAGAGGCACGCAAGCUUCUCGAGGAAGGAAUAAUAAAGAAAUUGAUCAGUCCUGGUAAAGGAGAGCUAUCGACCUUUCCAAAUGGAACCAAGGUGGUCUUCCACUACCGCACCAGCCUGUGUGAUGGCAUAUUGCUGGAUGACUCCAGAACCAUGGGGGGCCGCUCCAAACCCAUGGAGCUCAUCUUGGGCAAGAAGUUUAAACUAGCUGUGUGGGAGAGAGUGAUCAUCACCAUGAAACAAGGCGAAAUUGCAGAAUUUACCUGUGACAAAAGGCACACAGCUCUGUACCCGCUUGUGUCCCAGUCCCUGAGAAACAUCAGUGCUGGUAAGGACCCCCUGGAAGGCCAGAGGCAUUGCUGUGGCAUUGCCCAGAUCCACUCCCACCACUCUUUGGGGCACAAAGACCUGGAUCAGCUUCAGGCCAGUCCACAGCCUCUUGUCUUCACCAUCGAGCUGCUGGAGGUUCUGCCUCCAGGAUCGUUCCAGCUUGAUGUGUGGGCUAUGACAGAUGAAGAGAAACUUGAGCUUGUGCCUCAGAUCCAUGAGGAGGGCAACAUGCUUUUCAAACAGGGCAAAAUCAAGGAAGCCACAGAGAAGUACUACAAUGGCAUUGCCUGCCUCAAAAAUCUACAGAUGAAGGAGCACCCUGGAGACGAAGUAUGGGUAAAGUUUGACCAUAUGAUCACACCACUGCUCCUCAACUUCUGCCAGUGCAAGCUACUCCAGGGCCAGUACUACGAAGUCAUCGAACACUGCUCAGCCAUACUCUUCAAAUAUGAGGACAACGUGAAGGCCUUAUACAAGCGAGCUAAGGCCCACGCUGCAGUGUGGAAUGAGGUAGAAGCACGGGCAGAUUUUAAUAGGUUGAUGGAGCUGGACCCCUCUCUGGGGCCGUCUGUUGCCAAGGAGCUGAAGGCCAUGGAGGAGAGGAUCCGGAUCAAAGAGAAGGAGGAAAAGGGUCGCUACAAAGACCUAUUCAACUACAAUACAACACCAGCCACUGCCACUACAGGUUGAAUCACACAGUGGUUUGGAACGAAAGGAUGCCUGUGAAUUUCAAGAUGGAGGACAAACAGUGCUGGUGUUUUAGGUUUUUUUCCCACGCACCCAAGCAAAUGACUCUGCCACCCUGCCCUCCCUCCCAUAGUACACGCAGAAAUAUGAAAUAUUCCAACACACUGUCACAGGUCAUACGUACACACACAAAGUCACACAUAUAUACCAAGGUGAGAUUUGCAUUCCUGCCUUAUUCCUCUAAGCUUUAGAAAACUGAACUUGACCUUUUAGAGUCUAAAGGUGAAGUAAAGUUCAGUCUUUGAUUAGGUCAAGAAGACAUUACAAGCUUGACUUUAAAGAAAAUACAAAAUCCCAUUGAAACCUUAGGUAUGUACUGGCCAAAAGCAUAAUUGAACAUAUUUCAUCAUGGUUUAAGCAUUUUAUGUUGUCUUGGUUUCCCUGAAAUAUGUGCAGAGCUGUUGAAUAAUCCUAAAAUGACUUGUAAUCGUAGCCCAAGGAGAGAUUUCAAUGGAUUCCAGAUAGAAAUGCUGCCCCUCAGAACAUCAAGGAAUACUUUUUUUUUUAUUGCACAAGGGACAUCACAUACUCACAUGCACACCUCUCCCUUGCACCGCCAGAACCCCUCUUCUAUAUUGGUCACAGCGGAAGCCCUGGAAUAAGCAGACCAUUAUAUCCUGGUAGAUGCGACUGGGAAACCGAGCCGUCUGUGACAAUCAUUUAUAACACACAUGGAAUUGUGUUAUCUUUGCUUUCUCCUAUGUACUUAUUUCAUAUAUGUAAGAAAUAUAUACCAUUAUAUUGUUUUGUCAAGAUGUACUCCACAAAGCCCUUACUAUCUCCUUCACUUACUUAGAAAAAGCUACUCAUAACUCAUGUGAGGCAGCAGGUCAUCUGAGGUGAGAUGUAAUUGAGGUUGUGAUUAUGUAACUGAAAAUAAAUGUUUAUCCC